AUGAACGGGCUAGAGAUCUCUCCAUUUAUUCAGGCUCUGCCCAAAGUUGAACUUCACAUUCAUAUUGAAGGCACGCUCACACCAGCCUUGCGAUGGAAGCUUGCACAGCAGAAUUCCAUAAAACUCCCGUAUGACACAUAUGAAGACCUUGUUGCUUCUUAUGCCGUGACAUACAACCACCGCAAGGAGGUGCACGGCGAUAAUGGAGCACCGACCUUCCUUGAGGCCUUCUACGCCGGAUGUCAAGUCCUACAAACAGAAGAUGACUUUUACGAACUAGCGAUGGAGUAUUUCAACAAGGCAAAGCAGAUGAAUGUCCGUUAUGUCGAGCCAAUGUUCUCGACACAGGACCACAUCAAGCGGGGUAUUCCAGCUCGCAACGUCCUAAACGGCUACCUGAGAGCUCAGCAAGAUGGACCCAGCAAAUACGGCAUCAGAAGUAACUGGAUCUUCUGCUUCCUCCGUGAUCACCCCGUUCAAGAGGGACUGGAUGCGUAUGAAGGGGCGUUGCCGUGGGCAAAGGUAGAAGGCGGAAAAGGACUGUUUCACGCGGUGGGCCUCGCUAGCAAUGAAUACGACAGACCACCACUCCUGUUCAAGCAAGCAUUCAGCCGUGCUAGCGACGAUGGUUUACACGUUACUAUGCAUUGCGACGUGGAUCAGAAAGACGCCUUGGCCCAUGUCCACGAGGCUAUAUUCAAGAUUCUCGAUGGUCAAGGUGCUGAGAGAAUUGACCAUGGCUUGAACGCUGUGGAUGAUCCUCGGUUGAUAGAAGGGCUCAAGACGAGAGGUAUCCCCUUGACCCUCUGCCCACAUGCAUACCACCGACGCCAGAAGACGGAAGUCUUGUUCCCAAAGAUUACUAAGUUGUGGAACGAAGGUGUCAAGAUCUGUAUCAAUUCGGAUGAUCCUACUUAUAUGCACAAUGUGUGGAUUGACGGCAACCUGCAGAAAGUGUACACUUACUGCUCCAUGACAAAAAGGGAUAUGGUAGACCUUGUACGCAAUGCCGUUGACGCGAGUUGGGUGGAGCCUGGCGUCAAACAAGCGAUCAUGGAAGAAUUGGCUGCUAUCGAUGUGGCGGCAUGCGACUGA